AGGGGAAGCGGCAGCUCUCAGAGCCCUCUCCGCGCCCGCAGCGAUGGCUACAACCGUGACCUGCACCCGCUUUACCGACGAGUACCAGCUCUACGAAGAUAUCGGCAAGGGGGCUUUCUCAGUUGUACGACGCUGUGUCAAACUUUGCACUGGACAUGAGUAUGCAGCUAAGAUCAUCAAUACCAAGAAGCUCUCUGCAAGAGAUCACCAGAAGCUGGAGAGAGAAGCCCGGAUCUGCCGUCUCCUGAAGCAUUCCAACAUUGUUCGUCUCCAUGACAGCAUCUCGGAGGAAGGCUUCCACUAUCUCGUGUUUGAUCUGGUCACUGGUGGAGAGCUUUUUGAAGACAUUGUGGCAAGAGAGUACUACAGUGAAGCCGACGCCAGUCAUUGCAUCCAGCAGAUCCUGGAGGCUGUUCUCCAUUGCCACCAAAUGGGGGUCGUCCACAGAGACCUCAAGCCAGAGAAUCUCCUCUUGGCUAGUAAGUGCAAAGGAGCCGCAGUGAAACUGGCAGAUUUUGGCCUGGCCAUCGAGGUGCAGGGGGACCAGCAGGCAUGGUUUGGUUUUGCGGGCACUCCUGGCUACCUGUCCCCAGAGGUUCUGCGUAAAGAAGCUUAUGGAAAGCCUGUGGAUAUCUGGGCUUGUGGUGUGAUCCUCUACAUUCUGCUUGUGGGCUAUCCUCCAUUCUGGGAUGAAGAUCAGCACAAACUUUAUCAGCAGAUCAAGGCCGGAGCUUAUGAUUUCCCAUCCCCUGAGUGGGAUACUGUCACUCCUGAAGCCAAAAACCUUAUCAACCAGAUGUUAACCAUCAACCCUGCAAAAAGGAUCACAGCUCAUGAGGCCCUGAAACACCCAUGGGUCUGCCAACGCUCAACCGUGGCCUCAAUGAUGCACAGGCAGGAGACUGUGGAGUGUCUCAAGAAAUUCAAUGCCAGGAGAAAGCUGAAGGGGGCGAUCCUUACCACCAUGCUGGCAACACGAAACUUCUCAGCAGCUAAGAGCUUACUGAAUAAGAAGGCGGAUGGAGUCAAGCCCCAGACGAACAGCACCAAAAACAGCGCGGGUGUCACCAGCCCCAAGGGGACGCUCCCUCCUGCUGCCCUGGAGCCUCAAACCACCGUUAUCCAUAACCCAGUGGACGGGAUUAAGGAAUCAUCAGACAGCACCAACACCACCAUAGAGGAUGAAGACACCAAAGUCCCCAGGAUCUCUGAUAUUCUAAGCUCGGUGAGGAGGGGUUCAGGGCCCCCAGAAGCUGAGGGGCCCCAGCCAUGUCCGUCUCCAGCUCUCCUAAGCUCCCUGCCUGUCCUGUCCCCCAGGAUCUCUGACAUUCUAAGCCCAGUGAGGAGGGGUUCAGGGCCCCUGGAAGCCGAGGGGCCACAACCGGCCAUCCCCCAGCCUUGUCCGUCUCCGGCUUUCAUGAGCCCCCUGCCAUUCCCGUCCCCCAGGAUCUCUGACAUUCUAAGUCCAGUGAGGAGGGGUUCAGGGACACCGGAUGCUGAGGGCCCCCAGCCAGCUGUGCCCCAGUCCUGUCCAUCUCCAUCUCUCCUAAGCCCCCUACCCACCUCAUCUCGCAAGCAAGAAAUCAUCAAGAUCACAGAGCAGCUGAUAGAGGCCGUCAAUAACGGGGACUUUGAGGCUUAUGCGAAAAUUUGUGACCCAGGCCUGACCUCAUUUGAACCUGAAGCUCUUGGCAACCUUGUAGAAGGGAUGGACUUCCACAGAUUCUACUUUGAGAAUUUGCUAGCCAAGAACAGCAAACCCAUCCACACCACCAUCCUGAACCCCCAUGUGCACGUUAUCGGUGAGGAUGCCGCAUGCAUCGCCUACAUCCGUCUCACGCAGUACAUCGACGGGCAGGGCCGACCCCGCACCAGCCAGUCAGAGGAGACCCGCGUCUGGCACCGCCGUGAUGGCAAGUGGCAGAAUGUCCACUUCCACUGUUCAGGUGCGCCUGUGGCCCCGCUGCAGUGAAGAACCAGUACAUCCUUUUGUGGUUUCAUCCUGACGGAGACGGUGAUUGGAGCGGAGCCGCCACUCGCCAGGUGGUAGCGCCCACCGCGUC